AUGGCUGCACCAGCAACUGCACCAGCACCUGCACCGGCACCCGUACCACCUCCUGUGCCAAUGGCACCAGUUUCAACUGUAGCACCGCAACUCCCACCCACAACUAGAAAUCCAAGUCAAUCUUCAACUACAGCUGUUAUACAACUACGAGGAGGUAAAAAUCAACUACAAGGAAGAGCUGAAGUAUUUCACAGUGGACAAUGGGGAACAAUUUGCAAUGAUAAAUUCGAUGAAAAUGAUGCCCGUGUUGUUUGUCGCAUGCUUGGACUAGAAGUUCUACAUCCGGUCUUUUGGGCUGGUCAUUCGGGUACAGGAAAAAUUUGGAUGAAUGACUUAGACUGCAAUGGAGAAGAACUUGAUUUAUCAGGCUGUAUAUUUCCCGGAUGGUCUAAUAAUGUCUGUCAUCAUUCUAAAGAUAUCAGUGUAAACUGUGAUGUUACAGUUGUUAGACUGGUAAAUGGUUCAUUUGCGGGAGAAGGACGUGUUGAGGUUAAACAUGAUGGUGAAUGGGGUACUAUAUGUGACGACAAUUUUGACGACUUUGAUGCCAAAGUUAUAUGCAAAAUGUUAGGAUUCAUAAAUACCAAUCCAACUGUACAUCGAAAUGGUUACUUCGGAAAAGGACAUGGUAAAGUCAUGAUGAACAAUCUUGACUGUUCGGGCAGAGAACGAGACGUGAAUGAAUGUUCGUUUCCUGGGUGGGAAAAAAAUAACUGUGCUCAUAAUAAAGCUGUUGGGGUUUCGUGUGCAACACCGGUAAGACUUGUAGGUGGACCUAUUCCAUCGCAAGGAAGAUUGGAAGUGUAUAACGGAGACACAUGGGGUUCUGUUUGUGAUAACAGUUUUGAUCAGAAAGAUGCUAUAGUUGUAUGUAGGACUCUUGGAUUUUUGACAAGAUUAGCCGAUGGCUCAACGCUUUCUAGAGGUAGAGUUGAAAUAAAGUACCGUGGUGAAUGGGGAACAAUUUGUGACGACUCAUUUGGAGAUGAAGAAGCCACAGUUGUUUGUCGCAUGCUUGGUUAUCACAAUACUCUUAGCGGGCCUAUCUGGAUGGAUGAUGUUCAAUGUAGUGGAAAGGAAAGUGACAUUGGAUCGUGUUCAAAUAGAGGAUUUGGCAGACACAACUGUGGUCAUACGGAGGAUGUUGGUGUUGACUGUGAAAGAGACGAGCAUCAAGAAACAACAACAGCUAAUGUUGAUGAAAAUACAAACACAGAAGAAAGACAACAAAAUCAAGCUCUUACAGAAAAUGACAAAAAAGAUGAUACUGAUGAACAACCUGAACUAACAGAUGGAAAUGAUGAAGACAACCUGACACAUUAUAUGUCAUUGAACAAAGAAAUAACAUGA